AUGGCCGAAGAAAUAGUCGAACUCGGGUUCGAAGGCAUCAACAAAUUCGCCGAAAAAUACCACGACCCGCUGCACGACAAGGCCUGGGCCGCGUACCAGCGCCGCAAAUCUAAGUCCAAAAAGACAGGCGUGGAUCCAGGUCCACCACCGCCUGGACCUGACCCCUCGAAUUCUGGACUACAAGAUCAGGACCAGAGAGACGAUAUGGAACCCGAGUACGACGUUGGCCCGCGGCGACGAGGCGGAGGCGGAGGCGGAGGACGUCAAGAAAGAGAGAGGGACUCUAGAGACGAGGAGUACGAGCGCCGCGACCGCGAAUACCACCACAAUCGGUCCCGCGAUCGCGGAGGCGGAGGAGGCUAUGGCGCCGCCGCUGGAGCUGGAGCUGCAGCGGGGGCUGCAGCCGCAUAUCCAGACGACGACUCUUACAACACGCCGCGAAGCGCAUACGCACCCGCGCCAUACGGAUACGCAGCAGCACCUCCCCCCGCACCCCCAUACAACCCAAACGCCAUGGCCAUGACCACCCGCGGCCAGUCUUCCCCCCCCUCCCAGCGUCCCCGCCAAACCCGCCGGCGAUCAUCCUCUCAGACUUAUCCCUAUCCCCCUCCUAAUCAGAACUCCAACCCCACAUCGCCUCGCUCCCGCCGCCGCCCCCACCGUUCGCGGUCGCGGUCUCGAUCGGAGUCUCCGAAUGCACGUGGUCUCGCAAGUUCGGUCGUUGGCGCUCUAGCGGGUGGUUUGGUGGGCAACGAGGCGAGUAAGGGGGAUACGUUUACGACGCUGGCGGCGGCGGUGAUUGGGGCUGUGGGGGCGCACAAGGCGGAGAAGAAGUGGGAGAAGCGGAGGGAGAAUAAAGACGAGAGGAGAGGUGACGAUAGCGGCGGGGGCAGGAGGAGGGGUGGCGGGGAGAGGGGCGGGGGCCGAGAUGAGAGGGAUGAGAGAAGGCGGAGUGGAGGUGGUGGUGGUGGCGGAGGAGGGUAUAGAUGA